AUGAAGGAGAGACUUAACAAGAUCAAACUAAUAACUUAUCAUAUCGGGUUUCAAAAAAAUAACAAACUAGAUGCAUUUAGAUAUGCUCACAAGAGACUCAAUUCGAAUAUUAUUGAUAAUAAAGUGAAGAUCACAUUGGAACCUUCCAAAUUUAUCGAUUUGGAAACCAAUCCAAUGACCUCCACUAACAAUAAAUGGUUCGUCAACAUUUCGAAGACGAAAGUUUCCCCGAGUGUCUCAAACCUGUUACAACUUGGCGAUGAGAUAGAAAAGGAACUACUACGCAUGAAAAGAGCCACAUCAGAAUUUUGUAAAUUGAAUCCGAAUGUUAUAUUUACACGUGCAGACAAAGGCAAUAUCACGGUAGCAAUGGACAGACUAGAUUACAUCAACAAUAUGGAACAACUUCUCCAUGACAAAGAAACAUAUUCGAUAAUCAAAAAUAAUCCCAUAAAAAAAGUAGAAAAAGAUCUAAAUACUACAUUAAAAAGGUGGUAUGACAAAGAAUUUAUCUCUAAACAAUCCUAUUUCUCUCUCCACUCAAGUGAUUCCACAAUUCCAAAAGCUUAUGGCCUUCCUAAGGUACACAAAGAGAAUUUUCCCUUCAGAAUUAUCGUCUCCUCGGUAAACACGGCUCUUUAUCCGAUUGCAAAAUUCUUACAUAAGAUCAUCAAUAUUAAUUUACCCAUUGACUCGAGACAAGUCUAUAACAGUUUCGAUAUCGCGAGGUCUCUAUCGGGAAUGAAAAUUAGUGAAGAAUAUUGUUUAAUAUCUUUAGAUGCGAAAUCCCUGUUUACAAAUAUUUCUUUGGAUUUGGCAAUAGACGGUAUUCGUACGAGAUGGUCGUUAAUAGAGAAUAAUACAAAGAUUCCAUUAGAUGAAUUCGUAUUUACCUUAAAAUUCAUACUGUCUUCUACGUUUUUCACUUUUAAUAGAGUUUUUUUACAAACAGACUUUUGA